AAUAUGUCGGAAGAGGAACGCUCGUGCGGUCUCGUUCGGUGGCUUUGAACGUCGUCGGAGAUCGUCGGACCUCGUUACCGGUGGGGCGGUAAACGAGAACAAGAAAGGAGAAACAAAGAGCAAGAGACAUCAAAGAAGAACCCGCUUGGGAGUGAAACGCGCGCGAGUGUCCACGAGUGUGCAUGCAUCGCGAUCGUCGGGCGAACGAGGCGACACCAAGCAUGAGGAAGAACGAGUACCUGCAGCUAGACCCACUGGCCGCCGAGCAUUGAAGUUCAUCGGAAAUCGACGCCUAAAUGUGCCCAUGAAGCGAUCACGAUGGAACCGCGUGGGAUGAUGAUGUCGAACCUGUCGUGCGACGGCUGCGCGGACAGCGACCGCGAUUCCGACAGCAGCAGCAUGAUCGUGGACCCGGUGAGUCUGGACAAGAACGACCUGUCACCGUCCCAGUCGUCAUCCAGCCCAAUCAUACCCAGUUCCCCCGUGCCACCCACCACCGCGUCCUCCAGGAACCGUGGAGGCAGUCGUAGCAAGAAGAACUACUCGAUGAUGUCAGCCAACAGUCAACAAAAGUCCAACUCGUCCGGUCAGGCGUCAUCCUACGGCAACGACAAGAUGUCCUCGUCGUUGAUCAAGCCUCCGUACUCGUACAUAGCCCUGAUCACGAUGGCGAUCCUCCAAUCCCCUCAAAAGAAGCUGACACUCAGCGGAAUCUGCGAGUUCAUCAUGUCACGUUUCCCGUAUUACCACGACAAGUUCCCAGCCUGGCAGAAUUCCAUCAGACACAACCUGUCCCUCAACGACUGCUUCAUCAAGAUACCUCGCGAGCCAGGUAACCCUGGGAAAGGGAACUACUGGACUCUAGACCCACUGGCCGAGGACAUGUUCGACAACGGAAGCUUCCUGCGUCGCAGAAAGAGGUACAAGAGGCCUCCGCCGCACUAUGUGCUGCGGGACAGAGCGAUCAUGGCGACCUUCGCCAUCUGUGGCGACCGAGGACCUUGUCCCGGCGGCGGUGGCGGUCAUCCUGGCGCUCUCACCUAUCCCAGCGCCACGUACUUGUCUCCACCACCUGGUCUGCCCUUACUAGACUUCUCUUCGUCGAGAGCCUUGGAGGCUCUGAGGCUCAGCGGCUUCCUGGAACCGCCGCCACCGUUGUACAAACCGGUACCGAUCACGGCGCCGCCGAUCAGGCAGCUCGACCCCGCGCCCACGAGGACCACCACGAUACCCAGCAGCCAUCCGCCGGCUGACAAGAAGAGGAACUUCAGUAUCGAUGCUCUGAUCGGGAAACAGGCAGCCAGUGACCAGAACUGCGGCGGUCUGCUGGACCUCAGCCCGUCGGAGCAUAGAGAGAUCAGGAGUCAGGCGUCGGCUUUCUCUCCUCUGGUCUAG